CUCCUAUCUAAAGCUUCUAUGGUAGCAUGGGUGAAAAGAGAAGAGAAGAACUAUUAUCUUGUUCUGAGAAUAGUGAAAAAUGUAUCGAAUUUGUGGCAAACUUGAGGAGAGAACAUCACACUAAGUUUGGAGAUUUUAAAAAUGGCAAAGGGAAAAAGUUAAUAUCGACUGUUUCAGAAAUUAUACAGGAAUUAAAUUCAAAGCAACUAGAUUCCUUCUGGCUCGGAUUGAAAACUUUAUCAAUCGAUGGACUGGGACAAAUAAGUAGUAAUGUCUUAGAUGAGGAAAAUAUCGAUGACAAUAUACAGAAUGAGGAAAACAAAGAGAUACCAUUUCAAGUUUUGGAAGCUGUUUGCAUUUUUCUUUUGUCAACUGUCAGACUUGAUAACCAGACUCCAAAUAAAGACAUGCUGCAAAUUCUCAUAUUACUACAUGGUUCUCUAUUUGAUCUUUAUGAUGUCAGACCAGUUUUAGCAUCCUGUAUUUGCACGAUAUGUGUAGAAUGGUGGAACAAGAAUCUUGCUUCAAAAGAGCAAAUUUGUCUCAAUGUUAUAACUCAUCAACUCAGAUUGUUUCUAUGUAAAGAUCAGCGUGACAAAUUAUCGUCGAUCUGUAGUAUGCAAGGUUGUUUGACAUUAUUUGAUUUCAAAAGAAAACAAAUAUCUGCUUUUGAGAAUGAAGAUGCCACCGAAGAGAAUUAUGCAAAGAGUGUGAUUGAGGAACUCCGUGAAAUGUUGUUGAGCAGUUUUAAAUAUCCCUUGUUGCUUUGUAAAGCAGAGGGCAGGAAAUUUUUAUCAUCAGUAUUUCUUUUGCACAAGGAAUUAAUGAAAGAUGCACAUCAAGUUAUCAUGGACAACAUCAAGCAUAAAUUUUCUCUGGAACAAGCAGAAGGUCUCGGCAAUAUUUAUUUUCAAUCAUGGAGAUCUGCUUCGCAAGAGAUGAAGGAGAGUUUUGAAGAAAUUUGUAUUCAAGAUUUAAUGUACAGAGCUGUUCAUUCUCCAUGUGUUAAGGAAUUCAAUUUAUUUCUCCCUUUGAAAACAAUGUUGUCUUCCAUUGUGUGUCAUAAAGGGGGUUUGGAAGUUCGUCACAUGAUCACAAGGCUGUAUAAUCCUAUUAUAUGGAGAUCUUUGAAGGCCAACAACGCGAUGGUCCGAGCCAAUGCUUCCAAAUUACUCCUAGAUGCAUUUCCUCUGGAAGAAGAAGACUCAAAUCGGCCGAGAGUUGCUGAAAAUGAAGAAUUCAUGCAAAGACAAUAUAAUGCAAUGAAUGAUAUGCUCAUGGAUGUCUGUCCUAGGGUCAGAGUUAUAGGUAUUUUUGGACUUUGCAAUGUAUUGCAUAUGUACUGGGAUGCUAUUCCACCUCAUGUAAUAGCUAUUCUAACUAGGAAGUUAUACAAUGAUCUUGCUUUUGAUGCAACAGUACAUGUAAGACAAGCUGUAUUCCAGGCCACAAUCGUUCUUCUUGAUACACCUUGUGCUCAUCCACUACUUGCCAAAUUAUUACCUCCAUGUCUUGAAAAAUGUCUGCAUGAUAUCAAUGAAAAAGUUCGGAUCGCCGUAGCCGAAGUAUUGUUAGGAGUCAAGCAAACAAGCACGAUUGAGUUUUGGAGUGUGUGUCCCAUCCAAAACAUCAUUGCCCAACUUGAAGUUGAUGGAAUGCCAGUGUCAAAACGAUUGGCGAAAUUAUUGUUUCGAUCUUUUAUUCCGGAGAAUAAACCAGUUCAGGUAUGGGUGGAACGAUGUAUGAAUUUUUUUAAACGUGAAGUCAAUGCUGCUCGUAAGUUUUACUCCCUGGUUGACAAAGAUCUUACAGUACAGGAAAUUGGUGAUUUUUUAAACAUGAUUGGUACAUUUGUAUACAAUUGUGUAUCAGCGACAUUACAACAAGAAAAUUCAUCCGUGAUGGAUACUUCUUCUACAACAAACUCAAAUGAUUCCCAGAACAGUACAUCCACUACUCCGUGCAACACUACUGUAAUUGAAGAUGAUGUGUUAGCUGCACUUCUUGAUACGUCUUGCAUCCUGUGGAAGUCAUUGGACCACAGAACAUCUACUUCUAAAUCAUCUACAAAGAUGCGGGAAAUGAUGAAAAAAAUUAUGGUGACAUAUUCCAGAGUUCUACACGUUUGUUUUAAAGUUUCAAAUGAUGAAAGGACGCUUAAUGCCAUUCUGUUACUGACUUCGUAUUUACCGCCUGGUAGUUUACCCGUGUUUAGCAAAAGUGUACUCCCCAAAUUACGUUCCUUACCUGAUGAUGCUCCUCCAUCAUAUUACACCAUGUUAAUAAAAUGUUUGUGUUCCUGGGGAUGGAUCAAACAAUUGCUUGGAUUAAUACAAGAAUGGUUGACAGAAUCUUUAGAAGGGACAUUGGAUGAGUCAUCGCUUGAUAACCAAUCUUCAGGAGAGACGAAUGACUCCAGAUCAACGAAUACCAGGCGUUCUGCUCGUUUGUCAAAAUCAUCUGUUCAAGAGAAUGAUUCCCAAUCUGAUGAGAAAAAUGACGGUUCUAAAAGAAAAAAGAAGACCGUUUCUUUUACAGUUAAGCCACAACACAGGCCGGACCAAGCACUUAAAUAUCUUAAAGUUUUCAUGGAAAUUCAAAUGAGUUGUUCUUAUUCAGCUCUGGAGAUUCCACAAUGUGUACAAUUGUUGUUGACAAUUGCAAAGAUUCUUGAAAAAUGCCAGGUGGAAACAUUGAGUCGCUUGUCUUCAUCGUCAAAAACUGACGAUUCCGAAAUUUGGGUGGAUAAUUUGUUGGUGGAAGGAAUUGUCAGAAGAUGUAGUGUAUUGUCAAUUAUAUAUUUGCAUCAAAAAAAUAAACGAAAAGGUAUUUUGUGCAACUUUUUCAUCGAUAAAUUACAUACGUACCUACCUAUUCAGGUCUAUGCUGAUUCUACAGAGGCUGAUGAUGAUCAUUUAAACAAUGAUGUUCCAAUUGAUGAUUUCAAAUAUAUUAUUAAAUGGUUUGGUGUUGUUAUAAAGAAAUAUGAAUCCACUACUAAGACACAGAAAUCUGAUCUGAAUAAUUCUAUUUUAUCGAAUCAAACAAGUUCGUCAGCAUUUAUAUCUCGGUUGUCGUUAUAUCGUCAAUUAUUUAAUUCUACUUUGCAAAUAUUCCUCGACUUUCUAUCUUGCGGAAUUGAAGUUUUUGAAGAAGUAGAAGACGUUGUAUUACAGUUUUGCUCAUCUGGUGCGAGUUUGAUUGAAUAUAUCGAACAAUUAUUGAGAAUAUUGUUACAACUCGACGAACACAAAAUUUUACAAAAAGAAAUUGAAAGAAAAAAUAUUGAUGGAAAAGAACAAACUCUAGUUGAUGAUGACGACAAACGCAACAUAAAGAUAGUUGAUAUAUUUGACAGGAUUUUGACAGCUUUAUUACAACAUGCUAGGCAGAAUCCUGAUAGUUUUACGCAGGUAUUUCGACAAAAAGUGAAACAAUCAUUAAGAACUAUGGUUCGGCAGCAGAAUCUUGUACAUUUUAUUCAUCCUAAUGAUAUCUGGUAUGAUGUUUUGAUGAAAAAAAUUAUUUCAGCAAUAAUGGUGGAUCUCUUUCAUCAACUAAGGUCGAAUCAAAACUUUUUGGCCAGAGAUCUCAUAUCAGACCUUCCAUCAUUUUCUGCGUCUAUACUUCCUGUUGUAUGUGCAACGUAUGGAGAGACUGCGUACAUUUGUCAAAGCACCAUUCCUAUAUUAGCUAAAGAAGAAUCUGAUUCUACGGAACAAAAUGACCAUACUUUGCUAAUAUUUGCUCAUCUUUUGUACACUUUGUCAAUUAAUGGAAAAAAUCCAACAGCAGCUGAAGAUUGUAUAAAUACGUUAUGCGAGGAACUUGAAGGUUUUGAUAAAAUUUUAUCAAAAGUGAAAUCUAAGAAUGUAGAAUCCUCAAAAGAUGGAGAAUCUUGUAAUAAACUAAGUCAAGAGGAAGAGGAUGAAGGUGAAGAUGUGGAUGCUGAGGCUGCUGGAGGGAUUCUUGUACUUGAGGAACCUGGUCAUCCUGAUCUUUUCAUGAACGACGAGGAAUUUAUGAUUUAAAUAUAAUCUAUAUUUAUAGUUGGGUUUCAGUACUACUUUCAGUUUUUUUCAAAUUUGUUUAAGCAGAAGCUGUAUGUUCUGUAUUAAAUACUUCAUGUUCACGCAACUUUAUCAGCUCUGAUAUCAUACUCGAGGAUGGCAGACAAUGAUAUAUUUGCUUUAGUCAUACAUACUGACAAUGACAGAGUAUAUUUUCUGUAACCGAAACAACUCAUUGUUUCAAUAAUUGAGUCUGCAAAAUAUGCAUCACUUUUGCAAUGAGUUGCAUCAAAAUCCCAUUCUUAUACCACUUUUUUUUCUUAUAGAUACCCCAAGGAUUUCAGACUACAAUUUAGUUACUUUAUUAUUUUGUUAAAAGAAAUCGCCUUGUUUUUUCCAGCUGAUACUUUAACAUACAUAGAAGAAAAAACUGCCCGAUUGCUUUGAAUACCAUUUUUCACCUUAAAAACCUAAGCUUGUUCUCACUUGUUGAUAGAUGAUAUGUUUUGUAUAUAUUUAAGAUGAUUGUUAAAAAAAUUGAACAGUUUAAGAUUGAUAGCGUUUUUCGAAGAGUAUGCAGUUAGUCUUGCUUACAAUUGUUUAAAAUCACUGCCAGUAUAUGUUAGUUCUUCCUACUUUUGUAAUAUAACGAUAUCUUCAAAGUAGA